AUAUUUUAAUGCUUUAAAAUUCCUGAUUUUAUUAAUUUUUGAAAGUGCUGUCUAAGUACAGCUCAUUAACACUCACAAUAUCAUUAGUCUCAAUUUCUACUCUGAGACUCUGAUUUUUUUGCACUUUAAACAGCUCAUGUCUUCAUUAUGCCUACAAACAUAGUUGCACAGCACAUAACUCUACUGUAUGCACUCACAUGCAUAGUACAAAAAAAGUGUACAAGUGCACUCAUACAAACACUCACAUGUCCACACAUAGAUGAUGGAUUAAUAGUCAGUGAGCGGUUGGACGGGCCCUCCAGGGAGCAGACCUGAGGCAGGGAGGUCAACCAAUCACUGCACAUUCCUGCACUGUCUGUGUUUGCAACCUUGUGGAUGUGACACAGUACCUCCUGCUUCAUUCUGUAUGAAGUCAUGCUUCCACAGCUGACAGGCAAAACUUCACCUGACUACUGACAUUUAAAUAGUUUGCUCAAACCGGUUCAAAAGAAGCAGCUGAGUGUUGGAUCAAAGUGUGAUUGAUGACAGAUUAGCAGGAGUCUUGAAUUCAUUAGGAAUGAAUCAUUGAACCCAAAGUAAGUUUGCCUUGAUUUAUCUGGCGAUGCUUUAUAGUGCCGCAGUGAUUAAUGGACUCACAAACUGUAGUCAGAAAAACCUAAUGAAAUUAGAAUUUGAAAUUUAGUUUCAUUUGAAUAGCCAGCCACUGGUGCAAAUAGCAAAUCGAUUCCUUUUGCUUAGCUAAAUGUUUGAUGUAUUUAAUCACUCUGGCUUCACAUUAUACAACAUUAUACAAAACACAUCAAUACAUUGAUGGAACGUUACACAUCAGACUGUCUGCUCAGAAAUAAUCUCACCGCAUUGACUUUCUGUUACUGUGCUAUAGAACACAUUUAUGACUGCUACUGCACAUUUUUUUCUUAUUUCUGUGUCAGCGAUUAGGAACACAUUGACCGUAGAAUCACAUCAACAGACGUAUUACCGCCUGAAAAUCAACAUUAGUCACAGGGAUAAGAUAUCUGAUCCAAAAGCCCGACUGUGAGGAUUAGUCACCAUGGAAGAGGAACAAGGUUGUGUGAAGCUGAAUGAGGGUUUACUGUUACACCUUUUGAUUCCCGCUUACGUGCAUGAGACGGUAUCAUAUGUCAAAUGCAGCUUUGCGCUAUCAAAAUAAACCAGGGAACUGCCAAAUACGUCUCGGCAGAGCUGUCCAAGAACAAAUCCUAUGCUGUGACUGAUGGCUGGCAUGGAUCAUCAAGGUAAUAUUAAAGUCUGCGGCCUGAGACUUUCAAACAUAUGACUCAUAGAGUGUUCAAAUAUAAUGUGAAUGUAAGCGUGUAGAGCUGACAGCUUCCAGUCACAUCCAUCAGUUAUAGCAGCUGCGUUGUUUAGUGCCGUUUCACUGCAUGUUUGCACAGCUGUAAAGAUGUUUACUGUGCUGAAGGUGUGUUAAAACAGGUAAUCCUCAGUAACAUGACAUAAAGUCUAUCAAAACAGUGAAUGAAUAGAGUCUGGUCUCUAUUCAUUACUAUGACAAAGAUUUUCAUUUAUCACACUUAGUAAAACAAAUUAGGUCAAUGAUUAAAACUGCAACAGGGUGGCAUUGCAACAAUUUUGCCUGCAUUACUAUAAGCAGUUCAAUGACUUUAUCAGGUUGUGAUAUUAUCAUUGUUGGAGAAAAAUAUACUUUUGCCAAGAAGAUGAAGUGGAAAGAAAUGGGUGAUUUACAAAAAUGUUAAACUGCCACGAUUUAUCGAUUCAUUGAUUAGUUGUCAACUACUAUAUCAAUUUUCAGCUACCUUAAUACCUGAUCAAUCAGUUUGAGUGAUUUUUAAUCAAAAAAGUCUAAAUCCUCUGAUUCUAGUUUGUUAAAUUAGAAUAUUUUCAGUUGUUUUCACUCCUCUGUGAUAGUAAACUAAAUCUUUGGGUUGUGGACAGAACAAGACAUUGGAGGACAUGAUCUUGGACUUUAGGAAACACUGAUUGACAUUUUUCACCAUUUUCUGUCAUUUUAACGACCAGGCAACUAAUCGAUUAAUCAAGAAAAUGAUCUACAGAUGAUUAUGACAAUAAUCAUUAUUUGCAGACCUAGGAAUGCUAGCUUUCAUGUGCAUGUCUUACAUUUCCAUGACUGAACAUCAACAUACAGCUCAUAUUGCAAAAUACUGACAGACAAUGACCACUUCACAGACAGUUUUUUUUCUCAGCUGUAGUCAAGUAAAGUUUAGUAAGUCCCCAUUAUUUAUAUAGCACAUUUAAAAUAUUAGACAUUGACCCAAAGUGUUUUCCAAUACAUAAACAACAUUUUAAAAAAUUGUAAAGACCCUACAAUUUUAUUUAUUAUACUCAUUUACCUGGCUAAUUUAAAUAUUAAAGUUAUGACCUUGCUGUAUUAGAUAUUCCACAAAUUUGGCAAACUAGGUUGAAGAUUAAGGUUCAGAUCCUCUAGGCUAUAAACAGCUAAGUUUUAACUAUUAUUACUGUAAUUAAUAUUCGUUUUCUGCCUUUUUUCUGUGUCUGUUGCAAGAAGUUCCAUAUUUCCGACAGCAUUUGAAGGCAGCAUCAGAACUCCACACGUUCCGUCGAGCAGCAGCUUAACCGCGAAAAUCUCCUGUUAAGUGGGAAAACAAGAGGCCUCGACAGGGUGUCCAAAUACAAUAAAAAAGGAACUGUGUCAAGAUAAUGAACAAGCAAAAUGGCUGCUCAUACCGUCAUUGCCAUCUCUGAGCUGCAUCCCAACUUCUCUCAUCCAAAAGUUGUCGGCAUCAUUAUUGGAAAAACUGAUGUCAAAAGCUUCCCUGACCGAAAAAAUGCAAGUGUUGACAGAUUCACUUUUGGCUUCACCAUUAAGGACUCACCUGACUUCUUCAUCAAUGUGACGGCCUGGGGAAAUGACAGAUAUAUCACCGGGCUCACUAACAGCUUCAGCAUUGGAGAUUGUGUGACAAUUGAAAAUGCUUUAAUUUCCACCAAAGACCCGGAGAAAGGAGACCGAUUCAGUCCUGCAACACCAAGCCACUACAGGCUGCUGGUGACGGAGGCUCAUUCCCUGGUGAGUCUGUGUGCUGACAUGGACACCACUGACAGGCUGCUGCCAUUGAUUCACCUGCCUGUGAAGGACUCCACAGAUUUCUACCCUCUGGGAGACAUAGUGGCCAACGGACAGAAGCUGGAUGGCUCUGUGAUAAACAUACUGGCUGCAGUGAAACUGAUUGGAGAGACGAAGCAGUUCACCACUUCAGACGGACGCAAAGGGCAGCGGCUGGAAGUGAAACUCUUUGAUGACUCCGUCUCCUCCUUCCCCCUCGUCUGCUGGGACAGAGAGGCCAUUCAGCUCAUGCAGACUUUGAUACCCAAGGAGACACUGCUCUUCAUAGCCGACGCCAAGAUUAGCUUUGACAGCUUUCGCAGCAGCAUGGUGGCAACUGUUAACUCAAGAAGCAUAAUCACUGUCAAUCCUGACACCAAAGAGGCCAGUUUGCUGUUCAGCUAUGCUAAAGAAGUGUCAGAAUCUGGAGCUCUGGAUCAAGAUGAAACACCAGAGGAUGUGCCUGUGGAGUCCAUCACCGAUGUGUACACAGUGAGACAGUUGAAGCAGAAGGCCCAGGAAAAUCCUGAGGUUUUCUUUGGCAUCACAUUCAGCUUCAUCUCCAAGCUCGACCUCGACUCUUCUGUUUCAAAAGUCAUCCGGACACGGUGCUCCAGGUGUAAGUUCCUGGUGUCUGUGGACAUGCUGAGCUGCACCAACCAGCUGUGUCCGGGGAGAGAUCAGGUUUUUUCCACCACCACAGGCUUUGACCUGCUGGUGGACUUAUCAGACCACACCGGCACUCUGCAGGCCUGCUACCUCAGAAGCCCAGUGGCAGAGAAAACACUUGGUUGCACUACAGAGGAGUUUAUCAGUUUGACCGAUGACGAACGGACUGCAAUGAAGUGGAGGCUUCUUUUGGAGAGAUGCAAAAUAUAUGUGAAGAUCCUCCCUUCUACUAAGAUAAAGACUGGGGUCCGGGGGACGAUCCUGGCCUGCUCACUGGCACAUCCAGGAGAGGUGAAACAGCACAUGUCUGCUCUGCUGCAACACUGAUAGAACAGAAGGGUUCAUAUGUUCAGUUGACUGCUCUCUCUGCUGUUUGGUACAAAGUGUUCUGACUGAGAUGUUUAUAGACAUUUAUACAUGUGGGCAUUUAGUUUUAUGGUCAGAUAGAGUCUUUAUUUAUUCAACUGCCUUAUUUAUUUAACUUAUUAUUCUAAUUUAUUGAAGAACGUGCUGAUGGCUGGUUUGACUUUUAAAACUGUGUUGAAUAAAUCGUUCAUUUAAAAUAUGUAUUUUGUCAUUUUAGCUUCAUUGUAAUAUUAAAUGAACUCUAAUCAGCAGCCAGAGUUUAAAAAUACAAGCAUAAAUCGCACAAAUUAGACACAAGGACUAUUUUCUAAUUAUAGAAACUCAGUCACAUAUAGAGGUUAAACUUUUAGAGUAGUAAACUUUUAGGUAGCAGCAAAGCAGCAAAGACUUAUUGUCUAAAACUGGAUCUUUUAAAACUUGUUUUAAUUAGUAUAUUUUAAGAUGUAUUUACUUGAAUCAACUCUUCUCUUAGAGUCUUUAAACGCAAAAAUUUGUUUUUUUGGAGGGUUUCUUGAUCAUUUUUUCACCUUUUGAAAAGAAGAUAUGUAGAUUAACAAUAUGUCAGGGAUACAUAUACCAAAAAAGAAAAACAGGGCAACACAAGUAACAGAAUGAAAAAUUCAGUAUCUAUAACAAAUUUGUUGAAAUGUUCAAAGGAUCUGUUACAAUGAUACCAUUUUGAUGCAGUUUGUCAGAAAAAUAUGGUAUAGAGAGCAUCAUUUCUCAUUAAUUCGUUAGUUUUAUUAAUCUCUUGAACGAUAAAAUCAAGUG